GAAAGUAAUUAUAUGUGUGCGGGCGGGUACCCAUAGGGCGGGUUUACCUAAACCCAAAUCCAACCCGACCCGAUGAAUAAUGUAACGGGUUUAAACCCGAACCCGGCUCAAAACCCGUCAACACGAAUUUUACCCGCGUUGACCGGGUUGGGUCGGAUGGGUACCCGUGGGUUCGGGUUUUGUUGCCAUCCCUAAAUGUGGGUUAGAAUGGUUUGAUCAUUAUUUGAGAUGGAGGAACCGACUCCCUGGUCAGACCAAUCAGCAAUGGUAGCCCUUUACCCAUAAUCUGAACCCACGUUACUCGUAUACUACGGCCGGAAAAGAAGAAAAGAACUCAUAUCAGUAGUCCUCACUUGCAGAAGUUUUGGGGGGAAUUCGCGGCGAUGGAGAGAGGGAAAAAGGCGGCGGCGAUGGGGAAGAAAGGUUUCUCAUCUUCCCCAGCAAUGCCACCCAUGUCUCUAGACCAGUUCGUCUCCACCAUGGCCCCUCUGAUUGAUAUGGAAAAGGAAGCCGAAAUAUCAGCCUCCGUAAGCUCCGGCGCCACCAGGAACUUGGAGACUGCUCAAAAGCGCGGCUCUGCAAUUUUCAAUCUGAAAUGCGUCGAUGCCCAGACUGGGCUGAUGGGGAAAUCGCUGCUCGAGUUCCAAUCAACCAAAGGAGAUGUUCUUCCUGCUCAUAAGUUUGGCAUCCAUGAUGUUGUUAUUCUGAAGCCAAACAAGGCUGAUUCGGGGUCUGCUGGUCUCGGGCAAGGUGUGGUGUACCGAUUGAAGGACACCUCUAUCACUGUUGCUUUUGAUGAUAUGCCCGAGGAUGGCUUGAAUAGUUCGCUCCGACUCGAGAAAGUUGCUAAUGAGAUAACUUAUCGUAGGAUGAAGGACGCAUUGAUACAAUUGAGUAAAGGUGUGCACAAGGGCCCUGCUUCAGAUUUAGUCCCAGUUCUUUUUGGUGAGAGACAACCUACUGUGGCAAAGAAGGAUGUUACAUUCACUGCAUUUAACUCCAACCUCGAUCACUCACAGAAAGAUGCAGUUUCAAGAGCUCUAUCAUCGAAAAAUGUGUUUUUAUUGCACGGGCCUCCUGGAACGGGGAAAACGACCACUGUCGUGGAGAUAAUUUUACAAGAAGUGAAACGUGGAUCAAAGAUUCUUGCAUGUGCUGCUUCCAACAUUGCUGUUGAUAACAUUGUUGAGCGACUUGUUCCUCACAGAGUGAAGUUGGUGAGAUUGGGACAUCCAGCACGUUUACUACCUCAAGUACUAGAUAGUGCCCUUGAUGCACAGGUAUUACGUGGAGACAACAGCAGUUUGGCUAAUGACAUCCGGAAGGAAAUGAAGGCAUUAAAUGGGAAGCUAUUGAAGACCAAAGACAAAAACACUAGAAGAGAGAUCCAAAAGGAGCUCAGAACCCUCACUAAAGAAGAGCGUAAAAGGCAGCAGCUGGCUGUUAUGGAUGUCAUCAAAACUGCUGAUGUGGUGUUAACUACUCUGACUGGUGCUGCUACUCGCAAGCUGGACUCUACAUCAUUCGAUUUGGUCAUUAUUGAUGAAGCUGCCCAGGCACUUGAGAUUGCUUGCUGGAUGCCUUUGUUGAAGGGUUCAAGAUGCAUACUUGCUGGUGACCACCUUCAGCUACCUCCGACCAUCCAAAGUGUUGAAGCAGAGAAGAAAGGCUUAGGAAGAACCCUAUUUGAGCGUCUAGCAGAUCUCUAUGGCGAUGAAGUUACAUCUAUGCUUACUGUGCAGUAUCGCAUGCAUGAGCUCAUUAUGAACUGGUCCUCUAAGGAGCUAUAUGACAGCAAGAUUGAAGCCCAUCCAAGUGUUGCAGCACAUGCAUUAUAUGAUCUUGAGGGUGCAAACAAGUCAACUUCAACAGAAGCCACACUUCUUCUUGUGGACAUUGCAGGUUGUGACAUGGAAGAAAAGAAAGACGAAGAAGAUAGCACACUGAAUGAAGGUGAAGCUAAAGUUGCUAUCGCUCAUGCUAAGAGACUAGUAAGCAGUGGAGUUCAGGCCUCUGAUAUUGGAAUCAUUACACCGUAUGCCGCACAGGUAGUUCUGUUAAAAAUACUCAGAGGCAAUGAAGACAAGCUGAAGGAAGUGGAGAUUUCAACUGUUGACGGUUUUCAAGGCAGGGAGAAGGAAGCCAUCAUUAUAUCCAUGGUUCGAUCGAAUUCCAAGAGUGAGGUUGGGUUUCUCAGUGAUCGUAGACGGAUGAACGUAGCAGUGACGCGGGCAAGAAGGCAAUGCUGCCUUGUUUGUGAUACCGAAACAGUCAGUAGCGAUGGGUUUCUGAAGCGAUUGGUUGAGUAUUUUGAGGAGCACGGUGAGUAUCUCAGUGCCUCUGAGUACGUCGAUGAAUAAGCACAAGAUCCCAGAGAAGAACCAGCCACCUUUUUCUUGGCUGUAUACUUUAGUUACGAACUUACGAAAGGGUUCUUCAUCCUUGAAACCCAUCAGCAGCGGUAGUAGUCUCUAUUCGAUUCACGUGAGGUCUUCUUUUUUCCUGUUGGAGGAGGGAUUAUGUAUGGAGGUUGAGCUUUACAAAACUCACGAACAUGAAGUUUCAUUAACAGAUCAGAUUCGUCUUUGUACGAUUACAUUCCCAUGAGGAUCAUACUCACACAAGAGGUAGGUAUUACCAUUGGCACACUUGACCCUAGCACAACUCACUCGCCUAGUACUCCACACCAACUGCGUAUAGUGCAAGCAAUCUCGAUUCAGCAUACAAGUAUCACGCUCGUAGUCAUAGUACGCUUC